UUGAUUAGUCUUGCCCGGUCGGAGGCUCGGAGCCGAGAGCAAGCUCAGCAAAAAUGGCGGCUAAGCUGUUCCUCAGACCUCACUGUCUCUCUCUUCCCAUUCUCCUCCACGCUAGACCCCUCUUAUCCCCUCUACCCGCACUCCGACCCUCCCUCACAGCCGCCGCGACCUCGGCCAGGGCGGCCUCCUCUGCCCAUACUCAGGCAAGGAUCCCUUACGGACCCUCUCUCUACAAAGGCGCGAGGCCCCACCCAACAGAUGAGGAGCAACGAGAGCGGGAAGAGGAGGACGAGGAAGAGGAAGAAGGGAAGCAACCCUUCGACGAACAGAGCUUCACUCGGGUUUUCAACGUGGCGGCCCUUCGAGUCCCCUCGAAGGACUGCUUCGCCCUGGAGAGCCGCCUCCGAGGUCACCUCCUCAACUGGCCGCGCGUCCACAAUAUCGCCCGAGUCACUGGAGAUGAAGUCGAUCCCGAUAUCGUGAAACUCGUCGGGCAGCGGAACGGUGAUGAGGGCAAUUUGGAGGCUUUGGAGAGGAGGGUUUAUGGGAAAGCCGAGGGGGAUGGGGAGGAACUGGGCCGGGUCUUAUACAGGGAGAAGCUCACGAGGACAUUCAAUUCGCAGGGGUUCGCGAACUUUGGGAAUUUGGCGAGGAUCACAAGGCCGAAGAAGAGGAAGAAGAGGGAGGAUGAUGGGAAUGGAACAAGGCAGAGGGACAGGAGUAUUGGGAGAAAUGAGGCUGCAAUGGUGGAGGUCGUGGAGGAUGAAGGGGAAGGAGAUGAUCUAAGGGGUUUAUUAGGGGAGGGAUUUAAGAGAAGUAAAUGGAGGGGUUCGACGAGAUUGCUGCUACUUGAUGAGCGAUACGCGAAUGAGGGGUUGGAGGACUUGCCUGAAGCGAUCGAGGUUAUGUUUAGAGAAGAUACAACCGAUGCACCCCAUCCAAAUCUUGAGCUCGUGUCCUGCAAGCUGACGUUAUUCUAUGAUUACUGGUCUAUGAAUGAGGUUUUGGAGGUAUUGUUACCCAAGGGCAUGAUAGUUCCUUCAGCAUUUGAGACUGUGGGGCAUAUUGCCCACCUGAACCUCAGGGAUGAGCAUCUACCCUAUAAGAAACUCAUUGCAAAGGUGGUUCUGGACAAGAACAAACCAAAGAUCCGAACUGUUGUCAACAAGAUAGAUGCAAUUCAUAGUGAUUAUCGGACGAUGCAGCUCGAGGUUUUAGCUGGAAAUAAAUCCCUUGUCACUACUGUAGUUGAGAAUGGAUUGAAAUUCACAGUUGAUUUAGCCACAGUGUACUGGAAUUCCAGACUUGCGAUGGAAAGGCUACGGCUUGUCAGCGGCUUUACUCACGAUGAUGUUGUUUGCGAUGUUUUCUGCGGAGUUGGACCAAUAACCAUUUCUGCAGCAAAGAUAGUAAAACGUGUUUAUGCCAAUGAUUUGAACCCUAGUGCAAUUGAGUACUUGGAAAGAAACAGUGUCCUAAACAGGCUUGAGCGGAAGAUUAAGAUUUUUAAUAUGGAUGGAAGGAGGUUCAUAAGCUUGAUUUUUGCAAGCGAGAAGGCUCUGUCCAUUACUCAAGUGGUAAUGAAUUUGCCCAAUGAUGCUGCCGAAUACUUAGAUGCAUUUAGGGGAAUUUACAGUAAUAAAAUGAGAGGGGAUGUUCGUAACUUGCCAACAAUCCAUGUCUAUGGAUUCUCGAAAGCUGAUGACCCAGAGUUCGACUUUCAUGAGCGAAUAAGGAUUACCCUGCGUGAGGUCGAAGUUGAUGUAGAGAUGCGUCGGGUGCGACUGGUUGCACCGGGAAAAUGGAUGCUCUGUGCAAAGUUUACACUCCCUCAAAGUGUAGCAUUUGCUAGAAACGAAACUCUUCCACUGGAUCGACUUUGAGUGAUGGAAGGUUCACCCACCCCAGCUAUUCUUUGUUCCUAAUUGAGGUGACUUUCAGAAAUGUUCCUGAGAUAAUGUCAAAUGUAAGCUCUAGCUAGGAGGGAGCGAUCCCAAUCUACUUGGACAUGUUCUGAUUCGGUCGAUGAGGAUCCACACCUUCAUUGACAACAGAGAAAUCCAAAUGCCUGAUCCGCUCAGACUUUGAAGAAAGUUACCAGAUGAGAUUCAUGAGAACUCUUGUCUUGUAUUACAAUUUGUACAUAUAAAUCGAGAGUGGAGGGAUUUAGCAAA